GAAGAUGGCCAAAGUCCCUGACCUCUUUGAAGAUCUGAAGAACUGUUACAGUGAAAAUGAAGAAUACAGUUCCGAAAUUGACCAUCUGUCUCUGAAUCAGAAGUCCUUCUAUGAUGCAAGCUAUGAACCACUUCAUGAGGACUGCAUGGAUAAAUUUAUGUCUCUGAAUACACCUGAAACCUCUAAGACAUCCAAGCUUACCUUCAAGGAAAAUGUGGUGAUGAUGGCAGCCAAAGGGAAGAUUCUGAAGAACAGAUGGUUGAGUUUAAAUCAGUUCCUCACCGAUGAUGACCUGGAAGACAUGGCCAAUGAUACAGAAGAAGAAAUCAUCAAGCCCAGAUCAGCACAUUACAGCUUCCAGAGCAACAUGCAAUACAACUUUAUUAGGGUCAUCAAAGAGCAAUGCAUCCUGAAUGACGCCCUCCAUCAAAGUAUAGUUCAAGAUUCGUCAGGUCCAUACCUCGUGGCUGCUGCAUUAAAUAAUCUGGAUGAGGCAGUGAAAUUUGACGUAAGUUCUUAUACAUCAGAAGAGGAUUCUCUACUUCCUGUGACUCUAAGAAUCUCAAAAACUCAACUGUUUGUGUGUGCUCAAAACGAAGACGAACCCGUAUUGCUAAAGGAGAUGCCCGAGACACCCCAAACCAUCAAAGAUGAGACCAAUCUCCUCUUCUUCUUGGAAAGGACUGGCAGUAUGAGCAACUUCAAAUCAGUUGCCCAUCCAAAGUUGUAUUUUGCCACAAAGCAAGAAAAACGGGUGCACCUGGCAAGGGGCCCGCCCUCUAACACUGACUUUCAGUUUUGACUGUGGAGGCUACUUACUUGUGAAGUGUUGACAAUCUGUAUGUACCAUGUACACGAAGGAGUCAAAUCCUGCACUCUUAGUCACUCUCUGAGCAUGUGUUGAGCCUUUGUAACUCUAAAUGAAUAUUCACUCUCUUUCUAAGAGAGGGCACAAAGUCUAGUAGAACCAACACUAACAUAUAAUGUUGCUUGUUAUUUAAAGAACACCCUAUGCUUUGCAAAUUACCAAUCAUUU